AUGCGAGUCACUCAAACCUUGAAUAAUAACAAUUCUUCAAACAUAGUAGACAUACAAAAUAAUAAAAAUAUUACAAGUAAUCCAAACAAAUUCAUAGCUCCCGCCGAAGUUGACUCUGCAAUCUCAGCUACGUUAUUUCUGGACACAACUUUGAACACAGACCCUAAUUUUAAAAUUACAGAUUCUGUUGAAGAGCCUUUUGCUUCCGAAAAUUCCGAUAGUUCUUUCUCUAAUUUAUAUCAUCCAAUGACAGUUACAACGAAAGCAACGACAACUUCGACAACAGCUACGAUUUCAAGACAACCAGAUAAAAAACUUAAAUAUGGUUUUUUAUCAAACUUACUAAGUAGCAACAGUUCUUCCCAUUCUAUAUCUUCCACGUCGUCUGGUUUAGAUGUGCAAAAGAAAAAGUCUUCAAGUUCAACUGAAUCGAGUUCUAAACAAAAAUUAUUCAAAUCUUGGGGAAACGCUCAAGAUAAUGAGUAUAAGAACAUAGAAAAAGCCUUAACGAAAUUUCAGUCCAAGGAUCGUCAUAAGGUGGAUGUUUUAAAAUCGCUAAUUCCUUGGCUCAAAAAAUAUACAACAGAUCGGAUAGGACCAAUCCCUCAUAUGGAUACCACAGAUACAUAUAUGGAUAUUCCAAUUGAUAUCAUAAUAACUUAUCGUGCUGCUUUAAUGUCAACUUUACAUUAUGCAAUUGAUAGACUUAAUCAAAAGGGCGUAUAUUCAAAUGCAUUGCCAGUAAGUAAAUCACAUAUCAAACGAAUAAUAAAGGAGACAGUUGGUGAUGACGAUUCAAGUAUCGAUCGUAUGACAAAACAGAAUGAAAAAAUUUCUACUUUGUUUCCUGAACAUUUGAAAAUUUUAUGCUUUCUGAAUUUAAAAUUAUGGUGGCGACAGUUUGAAAAUGCCAAACGCAUUUGGGGUGAACCACCUAUAGAAAUGAGCGGAAAUUGGAUAAGGCGUUGGCAGAGUGAUGAUAGUGAAUUGUUCUUUUCGUUUUAUAAACAUUAUCAUAUUGUGCUUAAGGCUUACCUCGCAUCGCAUUUAACUGCUUCCGGAUCAGUUAAAAUCAUGACACCACCGUUUGAGUAUAUUACUGCACCAGGUUACAUUCACUUAGCGUCAUUUUUUCUUCUCAAGAUCGAAUCACUCAUACAUCGUAAUAUACAUACUAUAACGACGGUAAUUCAGUUUGAACAUCCAAGGGGGAAUGGAAAUACAAAUAACGUUAAUCAAGGAAGUAAUAAUGGAAUAACUAAUGCCAUGAAUCCUAAUGCAGCGGCUAUUGGGAUGGGAUCGUUAUCUACCACUAGCAUUAAUGGAGUCAUCGCAUCUAAUGCAGAUGCGAACGGAAACGUAGCUUUAGGAGGUAUGAUGAAUGGAGUUGCUGCCGGUAGUGGAAAACCUAAAGUUUUAGAAAUGGCAGGCCGGAGAUUUGUUGAAACCGUGGUUUCUAUCGUCGAGAUCGGCUUUUUCCAAGAGAUGUGUAACAUUUGGAUUAAUGCUGUGGUAACGAAGACAAAUAUGUAUGAUGUUGAAGGUGUAUUUUGUUUAUUAGAUUUUAUUGACACAUUAAUGUUGGAAUUGGAAGCUAGAGACAGUAUUGUUUCUUCAGAGUCUACAUCAUCAAAUUCGAACAGCACUAGUUCAGAUAGUUCAUCAAGUCCUCCAUUCACCGCACCAAAUCUUAUAAACAUACUCGAUAUUCCUUCUUAUAUUUCUCUUUUUAAGCAGCUUCUCGAAGAAUCAGAUCACACCAUUACUAUUCUAAGGACAAUAAGCUUUAUUUAUACACAUUUUUUUCUUUUAACUUCACAACCCACUUAUCUCAGACAAUUGGUUAAGGAAAUACUUUUAAACGAGGAGAUGUUUGAAAGAUUAUUUUGUCAUUGGUCAAGAAAUGUGAGAAUAUAUUAUAUGCGUUUGUUAGUGUGGCGUUUAGGAAGGAUUGGAGGCGGAAUCGGUAAGCACGAAGACAAUAAAGAUCAAGAAAUUAGUGAUAGCGGUGUAAUUAUUGAAGAUAACGAAGAAAUAGUGAUUGAUAUUUUAAUCACAUUACAAAGUCGCUUAGAUGGUAUGCGACUAUAUCAUGAAUUUCUAUCCAAUUAUACAGGAGUCAUGGAGGAUGUGGAACAAGUUUUUAAGGCAGAAAUGGCUGAAUCAAUGAAUGAAAGCAAUUCAAACCAAAUAGAAAAUAGUAAUAACGAAGAGUUACAAAAACAACCAAUAGUUGAACCUCAAAAUACUUCAUCAUCUUCAUCUGUUUUGUCUACUUCAACUUCAUCUAUUUCAUCAUCUAUACCAAACAAAAACCGUAGAUCGAAACUGUCAUUUAUCCCAUCCGGCAAAGAAACGAUAGCACCUUGCUUUAUUCGUUGGAUAUUUCCAAGUGGAUCGAACAAAUCUUCCAACUCUAAUAAGCUAGAACAGAAAUUAAGCUCAGAGACGGUGACGUCACGAACGUCACCAACAUCGCCAACGACACCAUCAAUUCCUAUACGCACAACAAGUAAACCAACCGUACAGCCAUUAUUAUGGCGUUAUGCUUUUCACAGACAUACUUAUGCAGGAAAAGCGAUUUCCGAGUACGAAUCUGUUAAUCAAGAAUAUGCCGAGUGGUGUGCACAAGUUGCAAAUAUUGAAAGAGAAAAUUCAAGUAAUGGUAACGGGGUAAAUAAUAUUAUUUCCGGAACUAAUUCUACAGAUUUAAUGGCGACACGAUUUCCAGGGUUGGUAGUGGAAUAUCCGAAAUAUUUUGGAAAUGGACAAAAAAUUCUCAAGAUCAAAAAAGAACAAGUUAAAAAUGAAGAUAGUCAAGAACUUGAAGAGCAAGAUACCUCUUUGAUCCUUGAUAACCAAUAUGUAUUUAUACAAUUACCAAGUGGCAAUAUAAAAGUUGUUAAACUUCAGAAGGAUACCACCGUACCUUUAGGGAAAUUUGGAACGUUUCAUUCAAAUGAUAUAAUAGGACGACCAUUCGGUCAUUCUUAUGAAAUUUAUGAUCGUGAUAAAGUGAAAGUUAUAAAAAAUGUGGCAUUUUAUGAAAUUGAUGAAACCAGUGCUAACAAUAAAGAAAUAUUAGAUGAUCCGUCUAAACAAAAAUUAUCUUAUCAAGAGAUUGAGAAAUUAAAAAAGCAAGGAUUAGAAGGACAGGCGAGUUAUAUAAAAGAUAUUAUCAAGAAAAUGGUAGAAAGCCAUUCAGCUUUUGAUCAAAAGACCGAAUACUCCAAAGCAAAAUAUAUCAAGCGAAAGGAGGCAAAAUUUUCACGUGUUUUCACACCGGUUAGACCUACAUUGUAUUCUGUUUGGGAGUAUUUUUUCUCGAAAAAUCCCGGUAAAAUAAGGGAUAUGAGAAUUGAUACACUAUCCCAGAUAUUAACUUUGGCCAAUGUACGAGCCGAUACGAAAUUGCUUGUGGUAGAUGACACACAAGGACUUGUUAUUACAGGAGUUAUGGAGAGAUUAGGAGGUUAUGGUACUAUACUUGGUAUUCAUGAUGGUGAAAAUCAUAAUUAUGAUAUCGUGAGGUUUAUGAAUUUUUCGAAAAAGGUUAACGAUUCAUUAAUAACAUUAUCUUGGCAACAAGUAUUUAAAGAAGAGGCUCAAGCAUCAUUUAACUAUCAAGAUGAAUCAACCUUAUCGGAAAAGGAUUUAAAAUAUUAUCUUCGAAGAAAAGCAACUUACGAACGAAUAAGAGACGCGAGAGAAAUUCUAUGGAAAGGGAGAUUUGAUUGUUUGAUAAUAGCGAGUCAAUAUCAACCCGAAUCUAUUCUAGAAGCACUGAUGCCUUAUUUGUCUGGAUCAAGACCAAUUAUUAUUUAUCAUAUUAAUAAAGAGAUGUUAAUUAAUGCGUGUGUAUACAUGAGGAUAUCUAAAAAGUAUUUGAACCCACAAAUUACGGAAAGCUGGUUGCGUCAAUAUCAAGUUUUACCGGGAAGAACUCAUCCUUCGAUGUCAACAAGUGGGGGUGGAGGAUAUUUAUUACACGCGACUCAUAUAAUUAUUGAUGAAUCUCUUCCUAAACCUAUACCUUCUUACAUGAAACAAAAGGAACAAAAAGAUGCUUUGGAGGGAGAGGAUCAAUCUUUUGAUGAUAAUACCAUUUCUUUGACUGAUCAAAAUUCGAUGAAUAUUAAUGAAGAAAUUUUAAACCAAAAUGAUAUAACUAAAGAUAAUUUUAAUAUUAAUGAGGAAGAAUUACAUCAUUUAGAUAACAAAAGAACUAAAUUAGAUUAA